UAAUACAAAAAGAAAACUAAACAAUUAAAUUGAAAAGAAGCUUUAAGUUUGAUUGCGGGCCGUACCAGCCCUGCAACAAACAGCAACAGCACUCACUCAGUGCAAGUUGUGUGCGCGGAAUCAAUUACAAAAUCGAUUUCCCAGGCCCUCCCCCCAACACAGAGCGACCAGACAGCUGUGACAUAUAGAAAAUAGAAACAAUGGCAGCCAGUUCAUCAAAAGCACACACAUGCCGGCCACAGGAACGCUGGAAAAUUGCUCUUAUAACAGGAGUAGUGCUUAUUGGACUAAUCUGCCAUCAAGGAUGUGAGGCAACGGAUACGGAUAUUGCUCUAGAUGCCAAGGCCACCUUGAAUCAUCGUAUCCAGAGUCUGGAUCUUUUGGUUUUUGUUUUCCUUUUGGCCCUCACUGUGUUAACAAUUUGGCUAUUCAAGCAUCAUCGUGUAUCCUGGUUACAUGAGACGGGAUUGGCUGUCAUUUAUGGUUUAAUCGUGGGCGCCAUAAUGCGAUAUGCCGGCUCUUCUACCCCUCUGGUACAUAUGCAGGUGGAACCUGAAGGUAAUCCCACAUAUACCGAUAAAUUGCCACCCGACACGCUAUGGUUUAAGUAUCCUGUUAAUCAAACGAAUACAACCAAGCUACCGGAAGGAAUUAAGACGUAUGCGUAUGUGUUUCGUGGACAAGUUCAUGAUGUGGAUGAAAAUGAAAUUGAUUUGAAAGCCACAUUCGAUCCGGAAGUGUUUUUCAAUAUUAUUUUGCCGCCAAUUAUCUUUUAUGCUGGCUAUAGUUUAAAAAAGAAAUACUUUUUUCGCAAUUUGGGUGCCAUUUUGACAUUUGCCAUUGUGGGUACCACAUUGUCAGCCUUUCUAAUUGGCGGCGUUAUGUAUGGCUGUGCGAAAUUGAUGCCAAAAUAUUUAAGCAGCAGUUUAUCCUUUCUGGAUACAUUGUAUUUUGGUGCAUUAAUAUCACCCACAGAUCCAUUAACAAUUUUAGCCAUAUUCAAUGAUCUGCGUGUGGAUGUUAAUCUUUAUGCAUUGGUCUUGGGUGAAUCUGUAUUAAACGAUGCUGUGGCUAUUGUACUUAGCGGGGCCAUACAAAACUAUGGAGAACAUUAUUCAAAUACGGGCGAAUUCGAAACCACUGCGUUUUUACGUUCAAUGAGUGAUUUCUUUUCCAUAUUCUUCCUAUCCCUUUUGAUAGGCGCCGCCAUGGGCUGUUUUACAGCAUUGUUGACCAAGUUUACGCGUGUACGUGAUUUUCCUUUACUAGAAUCGGCCCUAUUUGUCCUUAUGAGCUAUAGCACAUUUUUGUUGGCCGAGGCCACUGAAUUAACCGGCGUUGUGGCUGUUUUAUUCUGUGGCAUUUGUCAGGCUCAUUAUACGUAUAACAAUUUGUCCGAGGAUUCAAGGCAACGCACUAAACAAAUAUUUGAGCUCUUGAACUUUUUGGCUGAGAAUUUCAUCUUCUCAUAUAUUGGAGUGUCCAUGUUUACGUUCCCUAAACAUCAUUUUGAUGCCGGGUUCAUUAUAACAGCCUUUAUCUGCGCCGCUUUGGGCCGAGCUGUCAAUGUUUAUCCUUUGUCUUGGCUCUUAAAUAUUAAACGCAAACCAAAAAUAUCAACAAAUUUUCAACAUAUGCUUUUCUUUGCUGGUUUGCGUGGUGCCAUGUCAUUUGCUUUAGCGAUCCGGAACACUGUGUCGGAUGCACGUCAAACUAUGUUAACCGCGACAUCGCUGAUUGUCAUCUUCACGGUUAUUAUACAGGGUGGGGCAGCUAAUUUUUUGCUCAAUUGGUUAAACAUACCUGUGGGCGUCGAUGAUGAGACUGAACAAUUAAAUAACUAUCAAGUACAUAGUGUAUACAAUUCCAUGGAUAAUUCACAUCAGCCUCCGUCUGAUGGUUAUUUGCAGGAUAUGGAAGGUGGACGCGGCAAGACGCGCAUUUCGGGUGGAGGAACUGAUGGGAUUUUGGAUACACCAAUUGAGGGGGCAAAUGGUAGCCUAAGCAAUGGAGCCACUGGCAGUCAUCAUCAUCGUCGUAAUAGCCAUGAGAAGGCCAUAUUGGCCAGAAUUUGGGGCAACUUUGAUACCAAGUUUAUGAAACCAUUGCUGACACAUUCGCGGCCAACAUUGUUGGAAACUUUGCCCAAUUGUUGCAAUCCCAUAGCCCGAUUGCUUACAACAACACAGCAGCUGACACAGGAUGGCGGUGAAUUUAGACGUGUGGAUUCUGAUUCCGACAUUUGCAUAGACAAUGAUUCGGUUAACGGUCUUACAAGUCAAACACCCGGCGGACCAGGACCAGCUGGUGGUGGCCAGGCGCCUGGUCGUCGCAACUCCUUAAGUCGCAUGGAAAUUAUGGAACAUGUGCAAAGUCCGGUGUCAACAAGAAUUCGUCUGUUGGGAUUUUAUGGCAAAAAGUUAUAAAUUACAAGUUACUACUACUAUAUUAUGAGAAAAAAAAAACAAAAUUGUAAUUUAUUGAGUAAUUUGCUUCUUCAAUAAUUGUACGAGGGCGGUCCGAUAAGUACUUAGUCUACAAAUGAGAAACGAAUAUUUUGGAUUUGACUGAAAUUUUGAAGUUAGUCUACAAAAAGGUUAUUCACGAUAAUAGAUUCGUUAUGCUGCGACGAGGCUAAAUACUUAUCGAACCACCGUCGUAUACAUGUUUAUGGUCUUUCAAUAUUUAUUUAAAAAUUCUUAACAGUAUAUUGUACGAAUAGAAAGGCAAAAAAGUCCUUU